AUGGCUUCUUCUCUCCGGUUAGGGAGCUCUUUGCUUCGCUCAACCACCCUGUCUUCAAGAGCCUUUGCCCAACAAGCUGCCUUCAAUGGUGUGCGCUGUGCUAGCACCAAGUCUCUCAAAGAUACCUUCGCAGACAAACUACCUGCCGAGAUCGAAAAGGUCAAGAAGCUCAAGAAAGAGUAUGGUUCCAAGGUACUCGGCGAGGUCACCCUAGACCAAGUAUAUGGUGGUGCACGAGGCAUCAAGUCAUUGGUCUGGGAGGGAUCAGUCCUUGACUCGGAAGAGGGCAUCAGAUUCCGCGGCAAGACCAUCCCUGAGUGCCAGGAAUUGCUUCCCAAAGCUCCCGGUGGUGAGGAGCCUCUCCCUGAGGGUCUUUACUGGCUUCUCUUGACCGGAGAGGUUCCCAGUGAGCAACAGGUCCGCGACUUGUCCGCCGACUGGGCUGCCCGUUCCGAUCUGCCAAAGUACGUCGAGGAGCUUCUCGAUCGGUGCCCAAGUGAUCUUCAUCCUAUGGCGCAAUUCUCGAUCGCCGUCGUUGCCCUCGAACAGACUUCCGAAUUUGCCAAAGCAUAUGCCCGAGGCAUCAACAAGAAGGAAUACUGGCAAUACACCUUCGAAGAUUCCCAGAACUUGAUUGCGAAGCUCCCUACCAUUGCCGCCAAGAUCUACCGCAAUGUCUAUAAGGAUGGAAAGGUUGCUCCCAUUCAGAAAGAUAAGGAUUAUGGAUUCAACUUGGCCAACCAGCUUGGAUUCGGUGACAACAAAGACUUCAUUGAGUUGAUGCGUCUGUAUUUGACCAUCCACAGUGAUCACGAGGGUGGCAACGUCAGUGCUCACACCACCCACCUGGUCGGCAGUGCCCUCAGCUCUCCUUUCCUGUCUCUUGCAGCUGGUCUCAAUGGACUGGCUGGACCUCUACACGGAUUGGCCAACCAGGAAGUACUUUUGUGGCUCACCAAGAUGAAGGAGUCCGUUGGGAAUGAUCUGAGUGACCAAGCCAUUACCGAUUACCUCUGGUCAACCUUGAAGGCUGGUCGUGUUGUGCCCGGUUACGGACACGCCGUUCUCCGCAAGACUGAUCCUCGAUAUGUCUCUCAGCGAGAGUUCGCCCUCCGCAAACUGCCAGAAGACCCCAUGUUCAAGCUUGUCAGCCAGGUCUAUAAGAUUGCACCAGGUGUCUUGACUGAGCACGGAAAGACCAAGAACCCAUACCCCAACGUUGAUGCUCACUCUGGUGUCCUUCUCCAGUACUACGGUUUGACCGAGGCUAACUACUACACCGUUCUCUUCGGUGUCUCUCGUGCUCUCGGUGUCCUUCCUCAACUCAUCAUUGAUCGUGCUCUCGGUGCACCGAUUGAGCGCCCCAAGUCUUUCAGCACAGAAGCAUAUGCCAAGCUUGUUGGAGCCCAGUUGUAA